UGUGCGAGUAGCGAAUGGCAAAAUGUCUCUCAGUUGGGGUAUCUGUAUAAUUCUUCUUUCAACACCUAUAGCGGUGGUGUGUAGCGAAACGAAACAAACAUUUAGGCAGUGUCCAAAAGAGUUGAAACCUGGAAAAGAAUUAAAUUUGGAACGGUUGACCGGCGAUUGGUACCCGGUGUACUACUGGCCGAAGAAGUUUGCGCCGAAUGAGUGUUAUAAAGUGACAUUCAAGGAGGUCGCCCAUGCGGACGCGGGGCCAUGUAGAGACAAGAUUCCAGAGGGUGAGAAAAUUAUCCAAUCGACGUUCACGACGCAGCAGAAAACAUGGACCCAAUAUUUCUACGGAGCGGGUGAGGUGACACAUUUCUCUAUGAGCGUAGAAAUCAUUAAAGAAUGUGUGUUCGUCGAUGCGAUGUGGAGAGACCUGGGCAACGGGUACACGCUAGUCACUGCCUGUCCAAUUGGUGCUAAUGCUCUGAUGGCGAGGAAUCUGACGUCAUCUUCUGAACUACAGGUGGUCGUCGACAGCAUUGAUGCUUUGAAGGACACUGAAGGAGGUUCCAGUUGUAUAUAGUCCUUUAUUGAAGGACUUUGUCCUUUGUGGGCUUAUAUAAUUUUGUAAUCAUUAAUAAAGAGUAUAUUUAGAUAAA